GCACCGCCGGCGGAGGCGUCGCGGGUGUCGUGUGCGCCGCCGGGCAGGGACUCGGAGGAGGCCCCCAGGCAGGCACGCUGCCCCCGAGCCAGAGCCGGCCGGGCCCCGUCGAGAGGGACGCGCUCCUCAUCCCGGGACUUGGGUUUCUUCUGGGAAGGCACCGCCGGCGGUGGCGUCGCGGGUGUCGUGUGCGCCGCCGGGCAGGGACUCGGAGGAGGCCCCCAGGCAGGCACGCUGCCCCCGAGCCAGAGCCGGCCGGGCCCCGUCGAGAGGGACGCGCGCCUCCUCGGGACCCCGGGACCCUGGCAGGCGCCGGGCAGAGGGACCGGGGCCCCCGGGAAAGGUCGGGGGGGGGGGGGCCCGGGCCCCCCCCUGGGACCCUACAGCCCAUGUGACAACGAACUUUCGCCCGAAAGGGAGCACUCUAAUAUGGCAAUUGACCUCACCUCAAGCACACCCAAUGGGCAGCAUACCUCACCGAGUCACAUGACAAGCACAAAUUCCAUAAAGCUAGAAAUGCAAAGUGAUGAUGAGGAUUCCGACAGGAAGCCCCUGAAGCAGGAAGACGGGCUCAGGGGUCUCGAUGAAGGGAGCAGUCUGGAGGAGACCCUUUCUGAGAACCACGAGAUGGUGGACAGCAGGAAGCUGCAGGAACUGUCGGGCGAGGGAGGAAUCCGGCUUCCGAAUGGUGAGCGUCCCUUUCACUGUAACCAAUGUGGAGCUUCCUUCACACAAAAGGGCAACCUUCUGAGGCACAUCAAAUUACACUCUGGGGAGAAACCAUUUAAAUGCCCCUUCUGCAGCUAUGCUUGCCGGAGGAGGGAUGCCCUCACUGGACACCUCAGGACGCACUCGGUGGGUAAACCUCACAAAUGCAACUACUGCGGACGGAGUUACAAGCAGCGCAGCUCUCUGGAGGAGCACAAGGAACGGUGUCACAACUACCUUCAGAAUGUCAGUAUGGAAGCCGCAGGGCAAGUCAUGAGCCACCAUGUACCUACUGUGGAAGAUUGUAAGGAACAAGAACCUGUGAUGGACAACAAUGUUUCUCUGGUGCCUUUUGAAAGACCUGCUGUUAUAGAGAAGCUGACAAGCAACAUGGGAAAGCGUAAAAGCUCCACCCCACAGAAGUUUGUGGGUGAGAAGCUCAUGAGGUUCGGCUACCCGGAUAUCCAUUACGAGACUAGCUUACCCUACGAGAGGGAAACUGAGCUGAUGCAGACUCACAUGAUGGACCAAGCAAUCAACAACGCCAUCUCUUACCUUGGGGCGGAGGCGCUUCACCCCUUGAUGCAACACACGCCGGGCACGAUGGCUGAUGUGGCGCCCGUCAUCACUUCGGCUUACGGUCCGGUCUAUAACCCUAACAGGAUAGAAAGGCCCGUGAGCAGAGAAACAGCGGACAGCAACGAAAACAACAUGGAUGGCCCCAUCUCCCUCAUCAGACCAAAGAGUCGACCCCAGGAAAGAGAGGCCUCUCCCAGCAACAGCUGCCUGGAUUCCAGUGACUCAGAAAGCAGCCACGAAGACCGCCAGUCCUACCAAGGAACUCCUGCCUUAAAUCCCAAAAGGAAGCAAAGCCCUGCGUACAUGAAGGAGGACUCCAAGGCCGUGGACGUCACUAAAACGUCGAAGGGCUCUUUAAAGGAUAUCUACAAGGUCUUCAACGGAGAAGGGGAACAGAUACGGGCCUUCAAGUGCGAGCACUGCCGCGUCCUUUUCCUAGACCAUGUCAUGUACACCAUCCACAUGGGGUGUCACGGCUACCGGGACCCUUUAGAGUGCAACAUUUGUGGCUACCGGAGUCAGGACCGCUACGAGUUCUCGUCGCACAUUGUUCGAGGGGAGCACACAUUCCAUUAG